UAAACGCUUCCGGUGUGUAAGGUCACUGUCACAUGCCCGAUAUUUCUCACUGGGCUGUCCUCUGUCUGAACAUACAAAAUGUUACAUUUUUAUCUUGCAAAUAGAGUGUGACACUGUAUUUAAACAACAGACUUGAAAGAAAGCUCUGACAUUUAUCUCUUGGAUAUUAGACACGUCUGCUUAAUAAUGUCAAAUCCACAAUCAACAGAUCAGUUGAGUCCUGUCCCAUCUGAGGCGACGAAAAAGCAACUUUUUGGUAACUGCUGGAGCUGUCGACUGAUAUCAGGAGGUGGGCUGUUUGCUGCAGGUGGUUAUGUAUACAUGCAAGCGCGUAAUGUAAUGCGUCUAGGUGGACCUACAUCUAUGGGCACAAUUGCCCAGAUUGUAUUUGCUGCAGGUUUGGCUUCGUGGGGCAUCGUGGUGUUAACUGAUCCAGUUGGAAAAUCGACAAGGAAAACAUAGCCACUGAACCGUGGUCUUUCUACAUUGACCUUCAUUAUGAAUCAUGAUAGCCACAGUGGCAUGAUACUGCAAUGUUGAAAUUGUUUUGAAAAACUGAGAAUGUGGGAAGGAUUUAACAGUCAUGUAUAAACAUUAAAUGUUUUUUAUUUGCAAACUCCUAA